UAUAUACGCUGCUUGAUGCUUGGAAGGAAACCCCUGAAGGAUUUCAUCCGGAGACGCGAAAGAAUGCAAUCUUGCUGGUGAACGUUUAGAGAAGAAGGCAACAAGUGCUUCGACAUGGAAGACGGGAGAGACCGAAGCAGAUUCAGAGACACGGGAAGCUUCAGGAAACAUGGAAGAUGACAGCAUGGAUAUCACGCUGUCGUCGUCAAGAUCUUCAUCAAGAGCAGUCAGUCAUGUCAGGUGUGGAAGCAGGAUAAUGUGGCGUAGAACAAGAAUGAUAAACAGUAUGAUCCUUAACGAGGAUAUUCAAGUGACUCCAAUAGCAACUAAAGAGAGCGCCAUUCUUCAAACACGCAGUUUCACAAGAGAGGAAAUAACUUUUCCUAACAUUGAUAUCGUUGAUGUUCCAUCUCUCGAGUCAAAUAUCCUCGCUCUUCCCCGCAACGAUACGGCCUUAACGAAGCCCUGCCUUCACGACUGCAAACCAACAAAAUACGUUAUUCAAUCGUUUAUAUCCUCCUUGGAUCAUUUCGUCGAGUUUGAGGAGGAAUCCGCGUUAAAACAAGAGAAAGAUAUUCCGUUGAGGAUCAAUUCUGAUUCUGGAAAUUCUCAGUUACAAGAUGGUCGUUUUAAGAACGAAAUUGCUGUCAAGAAAAAUGAGACAGAAUUUGAUUGUCAAGAUGAGACAAGCUCCAUUCCUCCAUCAAUAUCCAGAGAUCUUACGGAGGGGAACGCACCAAAAAAUACCAGCAUUUCCCAAGUUGUCCCAGACAUGCACCCCCCGGAACAGACCAUGACCAGAUCAAAGACGAACUCGUCGCACAUCGUUCCAUCACUAGCUGAGGACAUAAUGGACACUACUGACGAAGAAUCACUACACGAUUUCCCCUCACAAACCCACAAACCACUUGAACGAAAGCCGUUUGAAGAAACUGGUGGAUGUAACCAGCUGUCUAAAUGUUCAACAAUGAAAAUGGAAAUCAGAAGAGGUGAAAACAUCGCAGACUCGGAACAAAGCUCUUGUAAGCAACAGACGUAAAAAAUAUUAAAAAAUGGUCCAAGGUUGUACGAAAGCUUAGAAAGCGCUAUCGUGCA